UUUGAGGUCACAGGUGGGGGAAAACGGUGUCAUCACCUGAUAAGAAACUUCGAUUAGCCAUUAGGAUAACAUAACCUCCGUCCAACUUGACAGAUCAUUAAAAAAUAACUUUUAGAUGAUAAAUUUAUUAUAAAAAUAAUUGGAAAUGAUAGAUUUAUUAUUGGACCAAUGGAAUAGAUAUUUUCCAAAUUUACCCUCGUUCUAUAUCUACUGUGUCGCCACGUCUGUUCUUGCUGUUGUUGCAACAUAUAUUUUCACUCAAAAAAGCGAAGGAAAACAAAAGAAAAUUGAAAAUGAUGAGGCGAAGGAUUUUGGUCUUCAGGCACGUUAUAAAUUAGCGAAGCAGAAAGUUAUCGAAGAACAAUUGACACCUGAACAACAAUUAGAAGAGGAAAGGUCAGAGUCCGAAUCGUUAGCAGCAAUUUACAAAUUACUUCAAGAUCGAAGGGACAUGUUUCCGAAUGCCACGAUGGACGACAUUCGAAGUCAAUUGAGUUUGUACAAAUGCACCAAGUAGUGUUCAGUUGAUACGUUUGCGAACGAGAGUACAACAGCCAUCAGAAUUUUGAAGACACGAUCAUGAAAACUGAGGGGUCAAGUAAUUUUAUACAUCGCAAUAAUGUAGCCAUCAAUGUUAUUUAGGUAAUAAUGGAAAUUUAUUUGGCCUUGAGGUCCAAUAAUGAAGUAAAUAUCAAAUAAUUUUACAUUAACGGUGGAAGGACUAUCACCAUUUAUUAAAAAAUAUUUUUCCCUAAUGGAGGAGCCAUUUCAAAUAGAAUAAUUAUAAUGAAAAUUUUGUCAAAUAUUUUUGAUGUGAUUAUAAUAUUUAUUAUGCCCUUGAUAGUUUAAACUGUAAUCGGAAGGUCAUGGGUUUGAUGCCCGGUCUGGACUAUUCAUUUUUUCAAUAAAUUUUUCUUGUAAAUUAA